AUGGAUAUAGGAGGUGAAGAUCCUUGGGCCUACGAACUGUCAACGCUGACGGGAACUCAAGUGAUGCUACUGGUGGCAUCAGAGACGGGUCACGUGUACACAUUUGCUACACGCAAACUUCAGCCAAUGAUAACGUCAGAGGCGGGCAAGGCCCUCAUACAGACGUGCCUCAAUUCACCGGACCCGCCAAGCAGUACUGGUGCUGGUGAUCAGAGGAUGUCUGCCACAGGAUUCGAGGAGACAGAGCUGAGUUACAACAUCGGGGAUGAAGAUUCCAAAGAUGGACGCUCACCCCUAUCCUCAGGGGAAUCCGAUGAUUCGUCGGGUGCAGAGUCUCCAGCACCAGUGGUGAGUAACAGUAGUCAUGAGCAGAAGCUCCCGUCCACAUCGACGGCGUCUCUGCAGCAGCAGACGCCGUCCAAAGUGUCCCCACCUGUGAUAGCGCCAUCUACGACCAACGUCCCUCAGCUCCAGAGCGGUCUAGGAAGUGUCCUGUAUCCGGCUGCAGCUCUUGCAAAUCUGCCACAGGACGUAUUGCUCAGCCUUGUUCAAGCAGGUCACCUACAGUUUCAUUCAAAUGAUGAUGGCGGUCAUCAGUACAUCACGAUACCUUUGACAACUGCAGGAUCAGCACCACCGGCGCUCACGAAAUUGUCAUCUGUGAAGGAGGAGUACAAUGCAAAUGGACGGGAUUCGCCGGUGAUUAUCAAAAAGGAAAGUGUUGAGUGAUGAAGUGUUUUUGACAGCUGUCAAAUUUUUCUACAGUCUGAUUUCAUACAGAUUUUCUAAAGCUGCCUAUUUCCUGCCUCUUUUUUUGCACAUCCUAUAUAUUUUUUUCCAUUUAUUAUAUUGAUCCUUUUUCCGUUAUUCAGCAGUAGAUUUUGCAAAAUAUUGGAUUUCUCGAGCCAGUGAUCUUUUAGAGUGGAUUUUGAAAAAGGAACCAAAGCAAAUUAUUAGGGAACAUUUAUACUAUAAAUUACACUGUACAAUUGUAGGCAUUUACUUGUUAUUUGUAUUGAUUUCGAAAGAGUGAAGCGGAAAACUGACGAAGGUUAGAAUCUGUGAGGUAUUGAGGAUCACUGGAUGAAAGAAAUUGAUUAAAAUUAUAAAAUAAAGUGUAAAUAAUCAGAUAAAUUUGGUAAGCAUGACAUGUGUUAGUGACGAUAUAAGUAUAUUUUUGAUAGAAAUAAAAGAAAAUAUCUGAAAUUUUUAAAGUUGGCUACGAAAA